GGUAACACUACAUCGGGCAGUGUACUACACCUUAACCGCAUCGUGUCAAGUUUGUAAAAAGGGGCGGGGCCGUUACACUGCAAACAAGAGCGACCCUGUGAACCAGAGGAUGCAUCCGCUGAACACCAUCCGCUGCACACCACACACACAUUAUGUUUUAACAUCAUUGCUCUAUCGACGAGGGUGAACUUGUCGGUUUUGGCCACUUCUGGCGAUCCGAUUGGAAGAUGGCGCCGUCGGGUUCGGGCAGCAUUGCGUGCUGGAGAGUUUUAUACUGGAUACCAGUGCUGUUCAUCUGUCUGAUCGUGGCAUGGUCUUACUACGCUUAUGUAGUGCAGCUCUGCAUAGAAACUAUAGAGAACAUGGGAGAGAAAAUAAUUUAUCUUCUGUUGUACCAUAUGCUUUUCAUCAUGUUUAUGUGGUCAUACUGGCAAACCAUCUUCACAAAACCUAUGAACCCACUCAAAGAGUUCCACCUGUCACAUCCUGACAAAGAACUAUUAGAGCAUGAAGAUCGCAAAGAAUCUCAGCAGGAGAUCUUGAGGAGACUCGCAAAGGAUUUGCCCAUUUUUACACGCACGACGUCUGGAGCUGUUCGCUACUGUGACCACUGCCUGCUGCUGAAGCCUGAUCGAUGUCAUCAUUGCUCGGCCUGUGAUAAGUGCAUUUUAAAGAUGGAUCACCAUUGUCCGUGGGUGAACAAUUGUGUAGGCUUCUCCAACUACAAGUUUUUCAUGCUCUUUUUAGCAUAUUCUCUGUUGUAUUGCCUGUUCGUCACUGCCACUGACUUGCAGUAUUUCAUUCAGUUUUGGACCAACGGCCUGCCCGACACCCAAGCCAAGUUCCACAUUAUGUUCCUGUUUUUUGCUGCCUCCACGUUCUCAGUGAGCCUGGCGUUUUUGUUUGCUUAUCAUUGCUGGCUUGUCUGCAAAAACCGAUCCACCUUGGAGGCUUUCCGAGCACCUGCAUUUCAACAUGGACCAGACAAGAAUGGCUUCAAUUUGGGAAUAAACAAAAACUUUCGCCAAGUGUUUGGAGAUGCAAAGAAAUACUGGCUGCUACCUGUUUUUUCAAGUCUGGGCGAUGGCUGUUCGUUCGCCAGGUGUCCGGUGAACCCAGAUCCCGAGCAACCGUCCUUGUUCCCAGUUCACAACCCUUCAGUUAAAGGUGCCAAAGAACCUCACCAGUUUCCUCCACAAAUUUUAAGAGAAUCUCAGAACCAACUGCUCAGUAAUGGACAGUCAGAGGACAGAGACAAGAGAGGUACAAGCAACCCAGCCUUGACUAUUGAGAAGGAAACUUAGGAACACGUGAAAUGCUGCAAAAGGAGUUUUUUGCUGGUGCUGUCUGUUGUAAGUGAAGCAGUGAUGAUCUUCACUGUAAGUGUAAGCUGCUAUGCACAGACCACUGCCCAUUAACUCUCAACCUGAUGAAGGAUAAGCUUUCACAAAAGCAAACAGGGUGCAGGGUUAAGCUGUAUACUGUAUAUACAUAAAGGGUGCUGUGUCUUCCAUGCACACUGUAUGGUUGGGAUACCUUACAUAACGUGCCUAAACAUGCAGCAACUGCAGCAGUAGCUAAAUAUUCGGUAAACAUUACCGUGAAUUUUCAUGUUAAAAAUAUUAAAGUUUGUAUGGUAAAUGACUAAAAUAUUGCUUAAGUGAUGUAGUUGGUGCUAAAGAAGGUGAACAUUUAUGCAUGCUUUGUGACUGUAGCUGUUUGUAAUGUUUAACAUGUAAAAGGUCAAGUGGUAUAAUUGCACCACUUUUCAUCCUUGCAUUUUUAAAAGACAGCGUCUUUAUGGAACAUAUUUGCUCAUUCACUAUAUUUUACAGAUAUGUUUGUAUUUUGUGACAAGAAUAUAUUUUGCUUAUACAGUAUGAGGGUCUCAUCUACAGUAUAAGUCUGAAUUUAAGCCAUCCAGAGUUUAGCUAAAGACUUCAGUUUCAUUUCAUUGUUGCUACUGUAGUUCAAAGGAUGAAACCAUUACAGGAGGAUUUAUUUUACAUAUUCGGUGGAUGCUUUAAUUCAUGGCAAUAUACCUACCACUUUAGAUUAACAUUUGAUCAGUAUGUGUGAUAUAUUUGAACCUGCAACCUUGACACUGCUAAUUUCGUGCAGAUUUAGUACUGGACUGUCUAAGGAUAAUUACACAAAAACUGUUUUUCAAAACACAAAUAUUCAUUAUACACUUUAAACAGCACUUCGAGUGGUGCAUUAUUUUAAAUUCUUGCUAUUGAGUCAAGUAUGUCAUGUUAAUGUUUAGUGUUAACUCUCAUGUCCAUAAACUAUUAAAACUGCAGUAAGUGAACAUUAUUUAAAUGUCAGUAUAGCAGAUUACUUUUCAGCAUUUCAUGCAUAAGCACAAUAAAUGCAAAAUUGAAAUAUGUUUUUUUUUAAUGAUCACAUCUAAGGGCUCUAUUAAAAUACUUCAUACACUUGUGUUUUUGAUCUAUAUUAUUUAUAUUGCAUGUAGAUGUGCUUGAUUGUAAAUGCUAUGUAAACAAAACCUCAAAAAUUAUUAUUAUUGUGCUGUUAUUGUCUGUUUGUAAGGAAAUGUGUUGUAAAGGUUAUCAUACCAACACCACAAACUGUGAUAAAUUUCUACUUCUGGUCUCUGAUUUUGUGCAUCUAUACCAGCCGACUGUAGAAAAUGUGAUUCUUACAUGAGUACAUGAAAUUUAUGUUGGUAGCUUUAUCUGUUUUUAUGUAUAACAUAUCUGUACGCUUGGAUGAAUGUUAUUAAUCUGUGAGAGAAAUAAACAUAUUUUUAUUAAAUGCUA